CUUGCAUUUACUAUUUGGCACACAUAUAUACAAAAUCCAGUAUCCCACUCUUCUGAGCCAUCAAAAGAAGAAAGAGAGAUAAAAAAAAAUGAAUAUGAAAACAUCAAAGAUGAAGUUCACAAAAGAGAUGAUAGAGUCUAUCAAAGACAAGCUCCCAAGGCUCAGCUUCCUCCUCCUCUUCCUCCGACAAUGCUACGGUGGCUGCGGCGAACGGACCCACUUACUCCCAUGCUCCAUCGCCACCACUUCCACCCGCUUUUGGAACCUCUCCGACCGUCCCGUGGAGCUCCAAAUUCGGGUCGGUUCAAUCCUAAAACGGGUCCACACUCUCAAACCUGGCCGUUCCAAGAGGCUUAGACACACAAGCAUCCACAGAGCUUACGUGGAUGACCAGGAAGGACGUAGAUGGCUGUAUUACGACGACACGUGUCUACCGUACGUAUGGGUUCACGAGACCGGUACGGACUUGUCGAAGAUGGUGAAGCAACAGUACGUGAGUCUCGAGGAUCUGAGGGAUUACUCGGAGAUCAGGGUUUAUAAGGAUUUACAGAGAGGUUCGAUUUUGUUCCCAAAUUCGAAAACUGGUGAUGCGUCGUCUUCGUUUCUUGAACGUGUAAGAAACUCCGUCGCCGAAAAUGGGCCUAAGCUUCGAGAAGCUUCUGAAAGAAUAGGACGCGAGAUUCUUCUAUGGACUCGUAGAAGCAGCUCGAUUCGUGCUCUUCUUGUCAUCACUAUGGGAACAAUGGUUCUUCUUACAACAAUGGCUUUGGUUGUCUUCACACUCUUCUUUGUAGCUGCAACAGCUAAUGCUAUCAUAAUCUCUCUUCUGAUUUCACUUGCUGUUGCUGGAGGCUUCUUGGCAUUCUUCUUUCUUUGCUUGACUGGUAUUGCUAGUUUGAUUGUUGCUGCACCUAGAUGCUCUGAGAUUCCUGAGCUUGGAGAUCUUCGAGACAUCUUUGAGAAGAAGUAUGGGAAAGAGAACUCAUUGUACAAUGACUUGCUUUCAUGGAAUUAUGAGUGAGGCAAAGCUUCCUGUGACCGAAUCUUACUACCUUAUGGGCACAGUGGAUCCCACCGGAGAGCUAAAGGAAGAUGAAGUCUGUGUCAUCCUGUAUGCUACUCAACUCUUCUCUUACUUUUUCAUUUUGAGUUUUACAUGGAAACAUAUAACAGUGACUUGCUUUCAUGGAAUUAUGAGUGAGUUUUUCAUUUAGUCACUGCUUCUUUUCAUGGUUUUGUAGUUGUAGUAUUAGUUAUGAUCUAAUAUUGACACAUAAUGAACUGAGCUACAAUGU